AUGCGGAUUCGUCACUGUGGCCAUCCACUUCCCCAAUCAGUGAUCAUAACGGAUACAAAGUUUACUAUCAGCGCGUUAACAAGAAUGAGAAGAAGUACAAUCUUUACGCCACGAAGGUUGGUGAGUUUUUGGCAAGGGCAUUGGAAGAAGAACUUAAUAAGAAAAUUAGAAAUCGAAAAUUGGCAUCGCUGCCACAAGGAUAUGCAUUAUUUGAUCGAGUUCGUGAGGGUAAGAAGGGUGUGAUUAGACGCGACACUUAUCUAUUUGGCAAGUUUUACAUUGAUCAACUCGAUCGUUCACAUUAG